AUAUCAACAUGUUCCUAACAAACAUUCUGUGCAAGAAGGCGAAAAGCAAGUUGAUUAUGGUUCUGAUGGAGAGUGUAGUGUCUGGUCAUCAAACUACGAUGAUAAGGGAGCGUUUAGCCGAUAAAUUAGAGUUUAUACGCUUCGACCCUUACAUUCAACAAGAAAGUUUAUACAAGGAAAGGAAGAAGAUCAGGAGCAUAAAGUCAUCAUAAGAUAGGCAGAAAUAUGUAUAGGUAUGUAGGUAAUAGGAUAU